AUGGAAAGCGUAUCCUCAAAAGCCUGGCAAUCAGCUUGGCUACGUCGCCAUGGCCAGCACUACACUGCGCCGGAUGAAAUUUAUGAUAAAUAUAAGGGUACAAUUGAAGCACUUGACGUGAUCGGCCGUGCGCAAGUGGCAGCUAGACUCGAGGCGCUGGUUACAAGGAACCUCUGUGCGAAAUACGCCGGGCUGUUGGACGUUAUUCAGGAGCUUUCGCGUCACCCUGGUCGAACCCAACCCGAAACCCCCGAUUUGGAUCCGUCAAAGCCGCCGAUUGACGUAUGGAAGCAAAUUCUGGAACAGGACCCUAUGGUUGGAGACCAUUGGCAGGACCCUGUGUACGAAACUAGUGAAGAGGAAGAGGAAGAAGAGGACGGAAGACCACUUGCUAGUGAGCAAAGUGAGACCGCGGACUCUUCCGUCGAGUCCGAUCCAGAAUGUGCUUUGAUCAAACCAUCCAGAGUUGUUCAAAAAGAUCCCCCGGUAUUUUCAAACGUAGUAACUGAGCGUGAUGUUAUUAGAGAAAUGAUCUACAAGCUUUUGGGUUUUUCUACGCGUCCAUUUGAUGACUUGGAGAGUUGUACGCUUUCCUCGUUGGCUCUGAAAUCGGUAUUCAAAGAAGUUGAUGAUAUGGCAUCUGUUCUCACGUUCCUCAGAGGGUUGACAGCUGACCCGCAUUUAGGCCCUUCGUUGGCAGUUCUGCUUGAAAAAUGUAUGAGCAAGUUACUGAGCAUUGAAACAACGACAAUUUUGGGCACCUGUGUUGAAAUUGAAAAUGCACUCUGCUCGAUUCGGCCCUUAAAGUAUCUUCCCACCAGCUACCCGGAGGCACUGGUGUUUUUAUACGAAAAUGACACUGACUUGCUCCAAGAUGCUAUGGAUCCACUUGUUGUGGCAAUUGAGCAGUGGCUUAGUGGCGAACUUUCGUUUAUCGUUAGAGCAAAUGAUGUCCGAGCCAAUGAGGUCUGGGAACAUGGCUUCGAACUGGUCAAUAUUCCUGGGUUUUGCCAAACACCUGAACUCGGCGAUGGCGGUAAAUCUGCAUUUUUCGCGAAAGAACUUGGCUUGAGAGUUCCGAAGAUCAAGCUUGACAGAUCGCACCCUCUUCACUGGCAAAUUGUAGAGGCUAGCCUGAGAAACUCGAAGCUCCUGAUGGAUCAUGCCAAGCCGCGCCUGCUUGAGCUGUGGAAUAUUUUGAGCUGCGUCUUUUUGGCUCAGGCACCCCAAAUGCUCGAUAUCAUAUAUGAGUCCAAGAGCAAACUGCUGUUCCAUGCACUUCCAACGAUCGCCACACGAAACGACCUACAGUCUAUACUAUUCCAGAAAUGGCCUGAUUCUCCAAUGGCGUUCGACCAAAAUCUCAAUCCGAUCAUUUCUAUACCUGACGUGUUCUCAGGAAUCUUCAAUGUACCCAAGCUUUUAGCAUUUUGGAAACGCAUUGUCGAUGCUAUUUAUUACGGUGCUCAUGACGCAAUUUCAGUCGAACUUGAAGCGCUCGAGACUACAAGACAUGUGAAGCAAGCACUCGAGGCUGCUACAGGCUUUAACAGAGUUUAUUGA